AUGCCACCAUAUCAACCAAUCAUUCACAUUCAUAAGAAAGGAUUUGCUCUCAUUGUGGGUUCGGAGGAACGAUAUAUCCAGCUGUCGGCAGAGGAUUGCAAUUUCGUAUUCGACAUAACGCGGAUCAUGGCGAAUGUUCACGAUUUUGCCACCAUAUUUCCACCCACCAGCGCCCGAGAAGUUCCAGUGCAGUUCGAAGUUACCACUGUCAAAUGGCGAACACAAUCAGUCACAUCAGGUAGCGAAACAUGA